UUGGGGUAAAAGCGCAUAAAUGCAGACCAAAACGGAGCUAGGAGCGGAUGAGGAGGCGACGAUGGCGGAAAAACAGGCGGCUGCUGAAGCUACAGAGGCGGGGUCCGUGACACAGCAAGACCAGGCCUUUCUCGACGAGAUGGAGAGGCUACUGGAUGAAAACGACGAUCUCAAGUGUGAAAUAGAGGAGAUGAGGGCAGAGAUGGAUGAGAUGCGUGACACUUUCUACGAGGAAGACACAUGUCAGCUGCAGGAGAUGAGGCGAGAACUGGAGAGGGCAAAUAAAAACUGCAGAAUUCUGCAGUACCGGCUGAGAAAAGCAGAGAGGAAGAGGCUACGAUAUGCCCAGACAGGAGAAGUCGAUGAAGAGCUGCUCAGGAGCCUGGAGCAAGACCUCAAAGUAGCUAAGGAUGUGUCUGUGAGAUUGCAUCAUGAGCUUGAGAAGGUGGAGGAGAAACGCACAAAGACCGAAGACGAGAAUGAAAAACUGAGGCAGAAACUGAUAGAAGUAGAAGUGGCCAAACAAGCUCUGCAAAAUGAGCUGGAUAAAACCAAAGAGAAGAGAAGAGGCAGUAAGGACAUCCAGAAACCUGACAAGAAAACACCAACUGAGGAGGACAAUGAGGACCUGAAGUGCCAAUUAGCUUUAAUCAAAGAGGAGGCCGUGCUUAUGAGGAAGAAGGCAGCCAAGAUCGACAAAGAGAAGGACCGUUUAGAGCAGGAGCUACAGAAGUAUCGCUCUUUCUAUGGUGAACUGGACAGCACUCAUCCCAAAGGAGAAGCCGGGGGUCCACCCACCACCCGCGAGUCAGAGCUCAAACUCCGCCUCCGUUUGGUGGAAGAAGAGGCCAAUAUUCUCGGAAGGAAAAUAGUGGAAUUAGAGGUGGAAAAUCGUGGCCUGAGAGCAGAGCUGGAUGACCUGCGUGGUGAGGGAGAGGGGACAGGGAGCUCUGGGUGCGGGGUGAUGGGGGGCAUGGGCGCGGGCAGAGGCAUCGGGGACGACCUGACAGAGCUUCGGCAGCAGCUGCAGUUAGUGGAGGAUGAGGCGGAGCUGCUCAGGAGGAACCUAGCAGAUGCUGAGGAGCAGAACCAGAGAGUGACUGCAGAACUCAACAAGCUAAAGUUCAAGGCCGGGACCCACGAGGGAGGGGCUCGGCAUGGGGCAGGUACAGGAGGCACAGGGAUAGACGCAGCAAAGACAGAGGCACUGCAGGAGGAGCUGAAGGCAGCGAGGCUACAGAUCAACGACCUCAGCGGCAAGGUUAUGCAGUUGCAGUAUGAAAACCGCGUGCUCCUCUCCAACAUGCAGCGUUAUGAUCUUGCUUCCCACCUCUCCCUACGCCCCAGCCCAAGGGACAGCGAUGCAGAGAGUGAUGCAGGCGGUGCCACUAGUGGCCGACGCGAAAGUGAUGAAGACUCCACUUCCUCCAGGCUCCUCCCACCUCACCGCAAACGUGAGGGGCCUGUGGGAGGAGAGAGUGAUUCUGAUGAGGUCAGGAACAAUGGAAGUAGUAGUAGAUGCUUGACACCAACACGGGGUCUUUACACCCCCACCGGACCAGAGGGAGCUGCUGCUUCACCGUCUGCUCUGUCCCGCUUUCUACCUGGUGGACGUUGCAGUCUGCGAGAAAGACAGCAGAUGAUUGACAUUCGAGUUGAAGCGGAGAGACUGGUGCGGACCAUAGACCGACUUAUAGCAGAUACGGCUACUAUAAUUUCUGAGACGAGAGUUUACGUGUCUAAUGGAGAUCUGAUGUUUGGAAGAGGAGGGGAGGAAGGAGCAGAGGAUGAUGGUAGCAGGAUUAGGGAACAUGAGCUGCUUUAUCGUAUUAAUGCACAAAUGAAGGCCUUCAGGAAGGAACUGCAAAGCUUUAUAGACAGACUGGAAGUGCCCCGGCUGGAGGACAGAGAGGCAGAUGAACCACUGUCGAUGUUCCAGCCCAUUAUUUUGCUCAUCCUCAUUCUUGUCCUCUUCUCCUCCUUGUCUUACGCCACCAUCUUUAAGCUAGUCUUUCUCUUCACUCUAUUCUUUGUCCUGUAACACACUUCCCUUUUUUAUUUACACCAUUCCAUGUAUGUUUGUUUUUUGGUUUAGCUGUUGUUUAUUAUCCCUCCUGCCACAUUAUGUUUUGAUAAGGUUACAAAAAAAACUCAGGAAAAUCUCUGCAUAUGACGAAACUACAAAUAUAUUUGACAGUAUGGGGCUCAAAAAUAUCCACAUCUGACCAGCUUGAACUUAACAAGGACUUUCUGCUAUGUGCCAUCCUGCUGCUGUCCUCAAAGGUAAAGAGAGGGGUUUCCUAAUCCUUCCUCUAAACUGCUUAGGGACUGUGCUGUCAUGUGUUAAGGAACACAACAGGUGCACAUUAUGACAAUGAUC